CUUUCCUUAUUGACGGCUUUAAGUUUGACAUGCGCAUCUAUGUGCUGGUCACCUCCUGUGACCCGCUGAGGAUUUUUGUCUACAAGGAGGGGCUGGCGCGGUUUGCCACCAUGAGGUACAUCAAUCCCAGCAGCAGAAACCUGGGUGACAUCUGCAUGCACCUGACCAAUUACGCCAUCAACAAACACAACGAAAACUUCAACCAGGAUGACACGAUGGGCAGCAAGAGGAAACUGUCCACCCUGAACGCCUGGAUGACGGACAACAGCUACAACACGACAAAACUCUGGAAAGACAUUGAAGAUAUUAUAAUAAAGACUCUUAUUUCAGCUCACCCUAUUGUAAAGCACAGUUACCAAACCUGCUUUCCAAACCACACCAGCAGCGGUGCCUGCUUCGAGAUCCUGGGGUUCGACAUUCUGUUGGACAGAACGCUGAAGCCGUGGCUGCUCGAGGUGAACCACUCUCCCAGCUUCACCACGGACUCUCGCCUGGAUCGGGAGGUGAAGGACGCUCUCCUCUGCGACACCAUCAACCUGAUCAAUGUGCAUGCCUGUAACAAAAGGAAGGUGCUGGAGGAGGACAAGCAGCGGGCGAAGGAACGGCUCCUCCAGUCCCCUCAGACGCUCCGCGCAUCCAGGCGCAAGGAGCUGGAGAGCAGCCAGGCUGCGUGGCGGCUGCAGGCGGAGCAGUACGAGGACUCGCACCUGGGCGGGUACCGGCGCAUCUAUCCCGCCUGCGGCACGGACAAGUACGAGCCGUUCUUCAGGCAGAGCAGCUCCCUGGUCCAGGAGACGGUGGCAUCCCGCGCACGAGAGGAGUGUGCCAGGCAGCAGCUGGAGGAAAUUCGCCUGAAAAAAAAAAAGUUGGAAGCUGUUACCAAGAAGAAGAAAACCGAGAGGAAAGAUGAGCUGCAGGGAGAGUCAGCUGGGGACAAAUCCCAGAUCCGUAACGAAACCCAGGCUCCUGCAUCCCGCCUCGCCUGCAGAAGCACCAGGACGUGGGACAGGAAGAUGCAGCACAUGCAGUACAACUCCAUGCAGCCCCAGGAUAUUGUGGAAAAGGAGGAGAGGAGGAGGGUGAACACUCUUCAGCAGCGCAAGAACCUCAUCCGAGGGCUGGGCAUCGUCGAGCAGCUCUCCCGGCUGCUCCCAGCAGCCCCCAGACCGGCCGGACGCCCCAGGAGCUGCGCCGCCAACCCCAAAAAAGGUUGCCCAGACCCACCCCGCAAAGCCAGCAUGGGAGAUGGCUGCUCGCG